GUUGUAAGCGUGAAUUACAAUGAAUGAUGUACCGCAGCCUGAAAUCGUGGUCCAUACACGUGUAGAGCCAAGCUGCGGAUGGAUGGAUCUGUAACGAGCUUAGACGCUGCUAUCGGAAUCAACAUCUUGUCUGUGACAGUGGGCCGCGUAAACUAUUUUCGUCGUGAGCAGUUUGUUUUGAAGGACAGUUCUGGCUCAAGAAUAUUUUGAGCAAAAUGAUGAAAUACAUCCUGGUCACCGGAGGAGUCAUUUCUGGCAUCGGGAAAGGAAUCAUUGCAAGCAGCGUGGGCACAAUCCUGAAGUCGUGUGGGUUGCACGUGACUGCCAUCAAGAUCGACCCUUACAUCAACAUAGAUGCAGGCACAUUUUCCCCCUAUGAGCAUGGUGAGGUGUUUGUCUUGGAUGACGGGGGUGAAGUGGACCUAGAUCUGGGGAACUAUGAGCGCUUCCUUGACAUCCGAUUGACCAGGGACAACAACCUGACCACCGGCAAGAUCUAUCAGUCAGUCAUCAACAAGGAAAGAAGGGGAGACUACCUGGGCAAGACAGUGCAGGUGGUGCCACACAUUACCGAUGCCAUCCAGGAAUGGGUAGUGAAACAGGCCAAAGUGCCAGUUGAUCACGAUGGAGUAGAGCCUCAAGUCUGUGUGAUAGAAUUAGGAGGCACAGUCGGGGACAUUGAGAGCAUGCCCUUCAUUGAGGCCUUCAGGCAGUUCCAGUUUAAAGUGAAGCGAGAGAACUUCUGUAACAUUCACGUCAGUCUAAUACCACAGCCCAGUGCCACAGGCGAGCAGAAGACCAAACCCACACAGAACAGCGUCAGAGAGCUGAGAGGACUGGGCUUGUCUCCAGACCUGAUUAUGUGUCGGUGUUCUGCUGUCCUGGAAAACUCGGUCAAAGAAAAGAUCUCCAUGUUCUGCCAUGUUGAACCUGAACAGGUCAUCUGUGUGCAUGAUGUGUCCUCCAUCUACAGAGUCCCUUUGCUGCUGGAAGAUCAGGGCGUGGUGAGCUACCUGAGCAAGAGACUCAAUAUGCCCAUAGAGACCCGACCCAGGAAAAUGCUCACUAAGUGGAAGGAAAUGUCCGACAGAUCAGACAGACUGCUGGAGCACUGUUCUAUAGCUCUGGUUGGAAAGUACACCAAGUUCUCUGACUCUUAUGCUUCUGUUAUCAAAGCACUGGAGCACUCAGCCCUGGCCAUUAGUCAUAAAUUAGAGGUUAAGUAUAUAGACUCUGCAUAUUUGGAGCCAAACGCACUCCAGGAUGAGCCAGUGAAAUACCAUAAGGCGUGGCAGAAGCUCUGCAGUGCUGACGGCAUCCUGGUCCCUGGAGGCUUCGGUGUCAGAGGAACAGAAGGAAAGAUUCAAGCUGUCAACUGGGCCAGAAAACAGAAAAAACCGUUCCUGGGUGUGUGUCUUGGAAUGCAGCUGGCUGUAUGUGAAUUUGCCAGGAACAUACUAGGCUGGACAGAUGCCAAUUCAACUGAAUUUGACCCGGAAACAAAGCAUCCUGUGGUCAUUGACAUGCCAGAACACAACCCUGGUCAAAUGGGCGGCACCAUGAGGCUAGGGAAGAGACGGACCAUUUUUAGGAGCACUGGCAGCGUUAUACGAAAGCUUUAUGGUGAUGCAGAAUAUGUGGAUGAAAGGCACAGACACCGCUUUGAGGUCAACCCUGACCUGAAGACUCACUUUGAAGAGAAAGGCUUUCGCUUUGUAGGUCAAGAUGAGGAAGGGGAAAGGAUGGAGGUCAUAGAGCUGGAUGAUCAUCCAUAUUUUGUUGGAGUGCAGUACCAUCCUGAGUUUACCUCUCGUCCCAUAAAUCCAUCCCCCCCUUAUCUGGGUUUGCUGCUAGCCUCCGCCGGAAAGCUGCAGAGCUACUUGCAGAAGGGCUGCCGUCUGUCACCCCGGGACACCUACAGUGACCGGAGCGGCAGCAGCUCACCAGACUCCGAGAUUUCAGAGCUCAAAUUGCCUUCAGUCUCCAAUGACUGACUUCAGCCUAAAUGAACAUAUACAAGCAACUUCAUUGGAGUAACUGUAUAACCUUCAUAUCAAAGCAAGUCAUUACUGUGGUUUCAAUAUGACACUUUACCUUAAGACAAAUGGUUCAUGCAGAAUUAGAAUCUAAAUGCACAUCUGAAGUUAAUUUACUGCUUCUGUCAGCAUAACCCACUAACUGCAGUCUAAGGUUAUUAAUUUCAUUUAAUCAAUGUUAAAUCUCAGGAAGUUGAUAUUUACGCAGUAUGACAUGUGGCCUUAUUGUAGAUAGGUGCUGCAACCACUUUCAACUUAAAUUCUGAAUGUAAAAUAAACCAAGUACACCUGAAAAA